UGCAAACUUGCCUGCGCUCUGCUUGCGACUUAAAGGCCGCUGGCAACUCAAUUGUUGCAGUCACUAACCAGCCGCUGAGCACGCCAUGUGUUGCAAGCAACUGCUCGGAUUGAUGUUGCUCGCUGGCCUGCUGGCCAAGGCGAACUUCGUGGCAGUGCAGAAAUCAAAAGCAUUGCCAACUGCAAACUCUACCUUGGAACUGGUGCAUGUGCUCUUUCGCCAUGGGCCACGCACACCAGUCAACACUUAUCCCAAGGAUCCGCACAUAAACAACACCUACGAGCCCUACGGCUGGGGUCAGCUAACUAAUGCUGCCAAAGUGGAGCUGUACGAUAUAGGCCAACAGCUGCAGCAACGCUACAAAGAGCUGCUCGGGCCCUACUACAAGCCAGAUUUGCUGCUGGCUGAAGCGACAGCGUCGCCUCGCACUGUCAUGUCGCUGCAAUUGGUGCUGGCUGCGCUGUUUCCGCCCGCCAACACGCCCAUGGAGUGGAGCUCCAUGCUCAACUGGCAGCCCAUACCCAUCUACACGGAGCCUGUGGAAACUGAUGUGCGUCUGCGGCAAAUGGUGCCCUGUCCGCGCUAUUACGAAGCUGUCUGGGAGGUAAUGCACUUGCCCGAGGUCGUGGCGCUGCACAAGCAGAACGCAGCACUGUUGGAGCAACUAACCCAGCUGACGGGCAUGAAUGUGAGCUAUGCGCACGAUGUAACCAAUGUCUAUGUCUCGCUGCAAGCGGAGCAGAAUUAUGGCUUGCAGCUGCCGCAGUGGACCCAGGAUUACUAUCCGGAGCGCAUGCUGCCGCUGGCGGCGUUGUCCUAUAUCUACGAUGCGUAUACGCCCGAGUUGCGUAGACUAAAGGGCGGCUAUUACGUAGCCGACAUGUUGGCACACAUAAAGCUCAAGAUCGCUGGCGAGCUGCAGCCCGCUGGACGUAAAAUUUUCAUGGCCUGUGCUCACGACUGGACCAUUUCAAAUGUGCUGAAUGCUCUCAAUGUCUGGCAGGUGAAAAUGCCACGCCUCUCCUCGCUGAUAGCCAUUGAGCUGCAUCGACGCUCGGACAAUGCUGAGCACUUUGUUGAGAUCUAUUUUCAAAAUGACCCCAAGCUGCCGCCGCAGCUGCUUCAAGUGCCGGGCUGUGAGGCGCAAUGUCCGCUGGAGCAGCUAAUCGAACUGUUGGCGGAUGUGCUGCCCCAAGCGCCAUAUGAACAGCUAUGCGUUGCCAAAGGCACCAGCGACGGCAGCCGCAUUAGCUAUCAUUAGCUACAGCUACUUGCACUAUUAAAUUUAUAUAACUUUGAUAAAUGAAAUUGCAGUUUGAUUGAUUUGCACGCAACCAAAGCAAUUGGCUGGAGCGUGGUUGGCUCGAAAAAUUUUUAAAACUAAAAAUCUAACAGAGGAAGUACAGAACUAUUAUAAUUUUUUGAAUUUUCAUUUGUUUUAAAACAACAAUUCUUGGUAAUAAUCUGUUUGUUUUCGAGUUGGCCGUCAAAAAUUAACACAUUUGUAUUUUAACACUAUUUUCAAAGGCUUCAAUUUACUUCUAUUUUGUUAUUUAUAUUUCUGCUGAAGUUCAAUGUACGCUCAACACAUUCAAGUUUUUAUGAGUGCUAAUCUAUGGAAAAAAACAAAUCAAAUAAAUUCAUAAAACUAUUUA